UGGAAAUUACAUUCGGAUUCAGUCAAGUUUAGGUUGUGGAGAAGUGCUUCUACUGGGCUCCCUGUGUUAGUCAGCAGCCUUCCUGUCCUGUUGGUUCCUGUUUGCCAGUCGUCCAUGUUGAAAAACUCUUGAAGUUUUGAGUCGCGUUUUCUCGAACAAAACCAUUAAAUAUCCCCAAUAAAACACCACAGGAUAUACCUCAAACGCUACCAUGACAGAUACAGACAAAUAUGGCUUUGAACAGACCCUUAUGUAUGGCCAGUUUAGGACGACUCAUCUGCAGAAGUAUGCCAAGGAUCAGGCAGCCAGACUGAGGAGAGAAGCAAAGGAAAGGAAAGAAGMAAAAGAUGAUGAUGAUAAUGAUUUAAAAUCUUAUCAGGAUUCAAGACUAGGAGCAAUAAAAAGGCUUAUACACCGUAUGAAACCAUGUUGGAUUCAUUUUGGCAGUGACUGGGUAUUCCUACUUCUACUUGGCCUCAUAAUGGCUUUGAUCAGCUUUGUUCUUGACCUUGCAAUUGAUAAAUGYCAAACAGCGCACAUCUGGUUGUAUGGCUUGUCCAGUAGUGUGUUAGCUCAGUAUUGUGUGUGGGUGCUAUUCCCUUUGGUCCUUGUUACAUUCUCAGUAGGAUUUACACAUCUUGUAUCACCUCAUGCUAUAGGAUCUGGUAUUCCAGAAAUGAAAGUGAUCUUGAGAGGAACAGCGUUAUCAAGAUACCUGUCCCUAAAAACACUCAUUGCCAAAAUCAUUGGGCUGUURACAGCUCUUGGUAGUAGUAUUCCCAUAGGAAAAGAGGGUCCUUUUGUGCAUAUUGCGAGCAUGGUGUCGAGAUCUAUGGGGAAGUUUGUUGGCUCAUUUAAAGGAAUAUUCACUAAUGAGUCUCGUAAUACAGAGAUGCURUCGGCAGCAUGUGCUGUGGGUGUGUCCAGCUGUUUUGGAUCUCCUAUCGGAGGAGUGUUAUUCAGUAUUGAGGUAACAUCUACAUACUUUGCUGUACGGAACUACUGGAGGGGAUUUUAUUCUGCAGUGUGUGGUGCUUUUGCAUUCAGAUUACUUGCUGUUUUUGUCCAUGAUGAAGAAACAAUCACAGCYUUAUUCAAGACUAACUUCAGAAUUGACUUUCCAUUUGAUGUGGAAGAGUUUAUUGCAUUUGGAUCGAUUGGAGUUGCUUGUGGUUUUGGWGGAGCACUUUUUGUGUACACUCACAGAAAGAUUGUCAAUAUAAUGAGACACCACAGAAAAACUAAAAUAGCUAAGUUCCUACAAAGCAGCCGAUUUAUUUAUCCAGCUCUYGUUACGUUUGUGAUUUCAACAAUGACAUUCCCCCAGGGACUUGGUCAGUUCAUG